AUGGGUGAGCGGAAGGUGCUGAACAAGUACUACCCGCCGGACUUCGACCCGGCGAAGAUCCCGCGGCGGAAGCAGCCUAAGAACCAGCAGAUCAAGGUGCGCAUGAUGCAUCCCAUGAGCAUCCGGUGUGGCACCUGCGGCACCUACAUCUACAAGGGCACCAAAUUCAACUCGCGCAAGGAGGACUGCAUCGGCGAGACAUACUUGGGCAUACAAAUUUUUAGAUUUUACUUCAAGUGUACUAGGUGCUCAGCUGAGAUUACCUUCAAAACAGACCCCCAGAAUUCAGACUACACGGUGGAAUCUGGGGCUAGUCGUAAUUUUGAACCUUGGCGUGAAGAGGAUGAGGUUGUGGAUAAAGAGAAGAGGAAGCGAGAAGCAGAGGAGAUGGGCGAUGCAAUGAGAGCACUGGAGAACAGAGCAAUGGAUUCAAAGCAGGACAUGGACAUACUUGCCGCUUUAGAAGAGAUGCGAUCGAUGAAGUCUAGACAUGCUGGAGUCUCCGUUGACCAGAUGCUUGAAAUUUUGAAGCAUUCCGCUCAUCAAAAGGAGGAAAAAACAGUAGCAGAACUAGAUGAAGAAGACGAAGAACUCAUCAAAUCAAUCACUUUCAGAAACUCGAAAGAUUAUGUUAAACGGAUCGAAGACGAUGACGAUGACGACGAUGAUGACAAUUUUGGUAUACCAGGACAGUCAAGUGUCACGUCAAAGAUUAAUGGAUCAUCUGAAUCAAUGACGAAUCCUACAGAUGUCUUGACCAAAGCUAAUGGACCUGAGAGUGCCAAUAAAGAAGGAAACAAGAGCUUGGCAUCUAGGAUGCCCAAAUUCAUAGUGAAACCAAAGGCCACUGGUGCAAAUCCUCAGAAGAAACAGAAGACAGAAACCCACGCCGUCCAAGAUAACGGCAAAGCACCGGCUGCUGAGAAUAAAAAUGAAGCUUCAGUAGAGAAGACCAAUGUUCUUCAGUCCCUCUGCCAGUAUGAUGAUAGCGAUGAAAGUAAUGACUGA